AUGUCAUCGCAUAACGUCGCUUCUACUACAUCUCACGCCGAGCCGUCUCAUGUAGGCUUAGAUAGAGUCUGUGCAGAUGAAGGUGAUCAAGCUUGCAGCUUGCGAUCCGCGCAGUCGAAAUCUCGUGUUUCGUCUUUGAGCGUGAAAGCGCGGAUGGCUGCUGCUGAAGCUGUCCACAAGCGUCGCCAGUAUGAACGUGAGGCCGCACUCGCACGACAUCUUGCGGAAGUCGAAGAUGCUGAAUACCGUGCCGAGCUGGAGCAAAUUAGUGCUGAAGCAGACUCCAAAGGUAGCAGGCGAAGUAGGAGCAACUCUACUCGUAUGACCAGAACGGAACAAUGGGUAAAAAAUAAUUGUAAUAUUGAAAUACACGACACUAGAGAUGAACGUCAUGAGGUCUCACAGCCUAGUUAUUCGGCCAUCGCGCCAGUAGCUCCUCAGGCUGCUGCUCCACAAUUAGCAGCACACCUCACCUGUUCAACGAGCGUAGGUUCUGUUUCUCAUGUACCAGUACAGGCGAGUGUAUCGCCACCCUUUCUGGUACAUCCCGUAGGGGAACGUGACCACGUGACCGUUGGUAACAAUGAUGUCAAUUCUCAGUUAUUUUUACAAAUUACGGCCAACAUGGCAGACGCAGCGAAAGCCUUAGCCACAGCUCACAACAUGCCUAAACAUUCUAGGAUAGAGUUGUUCCCUUUUACAGGCAGUCCAUUACUGUGGUUACAAUUCAAAAAAAUAUUUGCUAGUACUAAAUCAUUUUAUUCCCCUGUAGAGAACGUUGCGCGUUUACAAAAUGCGCUUCGUGGACCCGCACGAGAAGCCGUCGCUUCGCUUCUCGUCUCUGCAGAGGAUCCAGAAGAGAUCAUGUGCGCACUCGAACGAAGUUUUGCGUCACCAGAAAUGAUUGUCUUCAGUGAGGUACAAUUAUUGAAGUCGCUACCUCGAUUAGGUAACGAUCUUAAAGAGUUAAGUACUAUUGCUAAUAAAGUACGGAAUAGUCUUUCUACUAUAAAACUACUCAAUCAUAGUGAAUAUUUACAUUCACCAGAAUUAUUUCAUGUCAUUUUAGGAAAAUUGAACCCUAACACUAAAAUGAGAUGGAGUGAUUAUGCAUCAGAAUUUAGUAGGUCGAACCCGCACCUUUCUAAGCUAGAAGUUUUGUCACAAUUUUUGACGCGUGAACACGAGCGUCAUACUAACUUCGCUUUAUCUCCUGAAUUGGCUCUCUCUUUAGCAACACAACAAUUGCACAUAGAAUGUAUUUAUUGUAAGAAGAAUCACAACAUUACAUCUUGUGAGGAAUUCAAAAUCUUGACAGUCGAUGAAAGAUGGAGUUGGUUGCGAGAGUUCAAGGUUUGCUACAGAUGUCUACGUCGCUCUUCACAUCUAUGGAAGACGUGUAAGGUAAAUCCUUGUGGUAUUAAUGGCUGCUCCUUUCGGCAUCAUCCUCUACUUCAUGGUAGACAGGAUAUGUCAAUAUCACCACCUGCACCUGAUACACUGCAUAUAAAUGACACAGUGUGUGCCACUGCGACUCAAGACGUAUCCUCACCUUCUACCACUGCACCUUUGGAGGAUAAGGUUAUUAUUAGUAAUACCGGCGUAUGGCAAACUGAACAUUCUCCUUCAACUUCUAAUGUUUUAUUAAAAGUAUUACCUAUUACUAUUUUCGGUCCAACUGGUAGCUUAGACACAUACGCUUUGCUAGACGAUGGUAGCACGGCUACAUUGAUUGAUGCUAGUGUUGCCACUCAAAUUGGAUUAUCGGGUCCUCAGGAACCUAUUACUGUUAAUGGCAUAGGUGGUCUACAUAAGAACACUACUAUAAGUUACGUAGAUUUCCAUAUAAAAGGUAAGUUUAUGUCUGACAUUUAUUUAGUAAAACGAGCCAGAGCUAUGGUGUCACUUAGUUUACAUGCGCAAUCCUUGUCAAAAGAGACUUUGACAUCUUAUAGUCAUUUAUGUGAUUUAGCUGACUUCUUAACAUAUAAUAAUGCUACACCGACCGUACUUAUCGGUGCCGAAGAUUGGCAUUUGUCAAUAACUCGUGAAGUUCGUAUAGGAAAACGCAAUGAACCUGUGGCUUGUCGUACUUUGUUAGGUUGGACAUUAUAUGGAAUAAGUUGUAGUAAAACUAAACCUAUUGAAUUUAUUAAUCAUUGUCAAUUUUUAGAUAAAACAGAUAUUUCUGACGAUGAACGAUUAGAGCUCCUUGUUAAAGAGCAAUAUAAAAUAGACUCAUUAGGUAUUUCUAAACGUGAAACAUUACAUAGCAAACAGGAUUUACGCGCCUUAGAGAUUUUAGAAUUUACUGCCAAACGAUUACCGACUGGCAGAUUUGAGGUAGGUCUUCCUUGGCGUGACAAUAUUAAACAAAUUCCAGAUAGCUAUUCACAAGCUAUGUCACGUUUCUUAACUUUGGAAAGACGAAUGAAUCGUGAGCGUGAUUUUGCUGAAGCAUAUAGAAAAUUCAUAGAUAAUAUGAUAGUUAAAGAGUAUGCAGAGGAAUGUAAGCCUAUUACUUACUAUAAUUGUAAGCGUAUUAGUACCUCUGAUUCCUUACAUUAUAAGAAUAGUUCUACGCAAAAUUAUAGACUGUACUUACCACAUUUUGGGGUUUACCACCCACAAAAGCGUAAGCUUAGAGUCGUGCAUGAUGCAGCGGCUACAAAUCAAGGCGUCUCAUUGAAUUCUCUUCUUCUUCAGGGACCUGAUCUUUUAGAAAAUUUAGUUGGUAUCCUUUUUAGAUUUAGAGAAGGUCGCAUUGCUUUGACGGCAGAUAUCAAAGAAAUGUUCCCUCAAAUACGCAUUAGAGAGCAGGAUAGAGAUGCUUUACGCUUCUUGUGGCGUGACAAUUCAAUUAAAGAUGCACCUUUAAAAGAAUAUAGAAUGUGUGCGGUUAUUUUUGGAGCGACUUCUAGUCCAUUUAUCGCUCUAUAUAUCAAAAAUAAAAACGCAAUUUUUUAUCAAGAUCGGUAUCCAGAAGCGGUUGAUGCAAUUAUACAUGACCAUUAUAUGGACGACUAUCUUGGUAGUUUGGAUAAUGAGGAUCAGGCCGCACAGCUUGCUUUUGAUAUAGUUACUGUCCAUAGUAAAGCUUGCUUCGAAAUGCGUGGUUGGCUGUCUAAUAAUAAAGAAGCGUUGAGACUAAUUCCCGAGGAACUUCGCGCCGCGCACGCUGAGGAGGUUCCACUCGGUAAUACUUCAUCUAGUAUUAAAGUAUUAGGCGUUUCUUGGGAUCCCUCAACAGACCUUAUAGGUUUUAGGACCGGUUUGGAAAAUUUUACUUUGGGAACCAAUCUUAAUAAACGUAAGGUAUUAUCACACCUUAUGAAAGUCUAUGACCCGUUAGGUUUGCUGGGUCCAAUUGUAGGAAAAGGUCGCAUAUUACUCCAAGACGUGUGGAGAUCAAAUAUUGAUUGGGAUACGCCCUUUUCUCCUUCAGAAGUAUCAAAGUGGACCGAAUGGUUUAAAGAACUUUUUGAUGUAUCAACCAUCAAAAUUCCACGUUGGUAUGCUAAACAAAAUGGUGAACCUCUGCAUAGGGAGUUACAUGUAUUUGCAGAUGCAAGCGAGCUUGCUUAUGCGUGUGUGGCUUAUUGGAGAUUUUUGUAUCCAGAUGGUUGUGUCAAGCUCGCUCUCAUCGCUAGUAAAACAAGAGUUUCACCUUUAAAACCAACUUCAAUUCCGCGGUUAGAAUUACAAGCUGCUUUGAUUGCUUCACGCCUUGCUGUGACCAUCAAGGAAUCUCAUAAAAAGAAACCCAUCCGUACAGUUUUAUGGACGGAUUCAUUAACUGUUCUUAGUUGGCUUAGAAGCGACGCGCGUUCAUUCAAGCCAUUUGUAGCCCAUCGAAUCGGUGAAAUUUCUGAGAAUUCUCGUAUUCAGGAUUGGAGAUGGGUUCCAACUAGCUUGAACGUUGCUGAUGAUGCCACACGCACGAAACCCCUUAAUUUGAAUUCAAACCACCGUUGGUUUACGGGACCCCCAUUUCUUCUUGGUUCCCCGAAAGAUUGGCCUAUUGAACCAGCUGGUCAGCCCAUGGUUCAAGAGGAACGCAGACAGCAGUUGGAUCCAUUAGCUGUUCAUGUGUUAAUUAUUGCUGACUUUACUCGAUUCAGUGACUGGCUCCGAUUACUUCGCGUCACUGCUCGCGUUUUGCAGGUUGUUUCAAAAUUUCGUUCACUUUUGGAUCGAUCUAUUUCUGGCACUAAAAACUUUAUCUACACUCGUUAUCGUAAUUCUUCUGCGUCCACCACUUUAAUAUCUUUGACAGCAGAACUAAUGAAAGCCGCAGAACGACAUGUCUUGCAACGUGUUCAACAAGACAGUUUUAGAGAAGAGAUCCAGUGCAUUACGAGAUCACAACCAAUCGCAAAAUCGAGUCGCCUCAGCAAAUUGUCGCCAAUGAUGGGAGAAGAUAACCUUUUACGACUGUAUGGUAGGAUUAAGGCCGUACAAAAUGUUGACACUGAUGUAAGAUUUCCCAUACUCUUAGAUGGUCACCAUCCCGUUGUUCGCUUACUCGUUCAAUAUUUCCACAGAAAGGCAGGUCAUGCUAAUAACGAAACGGUUAUAAAUGAAAUCAGACAACAAUAUUGGUCUUGGUUACUUCACUUGCGCAACACCGUACGAAGCGUGGCUUAUCAAUGUUGCUUCUGUCGCAUUAGAAAAACUAAACCACUGAAUCCAGUGACCGGAAAUCUUCCUCCACACCGGCUUGCUCACCAUCGUCGUCCAUUUACUUUCACGGGAUUGGAUUACUUCGGACCAAUUAACGUCACUAUUGGUCGAAGACAUGACAAGCGCUAUGUUGCGCUAUUUACUUGCCUGACGUCUAGAGCUGUCCAUUUAGAGCUUGUCCACAACCUCUCUGCUGAUUCAGCUAUUAUGAGCAUACGGAGAUUUAUAGCAAGAAGAGGCACGCCUGAAACAAUUUACUCCGAUAAUGGCACAAACUUUGUAGGAGCCAAUCGCUUAUUAAGAGAAUUUUACCAACCUGCGGUUCCAGAUUUUGCUGCCAAUAGAGGCAUAAAGUGGAGCUUCAUCCCAGCUGCUGCGCCUUUUUUUGGAGGUUGUUGGGAGAGACUUAUUCGCUGUGUGAAAGUUGCAUUAAAAGCUACACUACAUGAAAGGUCACCUAAAGAGGAGGUACUACUUACGUUGUUGACUGAAGCCGAAGCAAUUGUUAACUCACGACCUCUUACUUAUGUCUCGGUUGAAUCCGAUAGCGAGGAAACUUUAACGCCAUUUCACUUUCUGAUCGGUUCAUCUUCCAAUCAGAUGUCAGCCGGAGUGUUAGAUGAUACUGAUUUAGUCCGAAGAGCGGAUUGGAAGAAGGCGCUUCGUCUGGCUGAUCACUUUUGGAAUCGGUGGGUGAAAGAAAUAUUACCUACUAUGCAGCCUCGUCUAAACGGUCGAAGAGAUCGUAAUUUGAACAUUGGCGAUUUGGUUGUGAUCGUAGACGAGAAUCUUCCAAGAGGAACGUGGCCCCGUGGACGUGUCACAGCAACUUUCCCAGGCAACGAUGGCGUUAUUAGGGUGGUGGACGUAGCGACAGCAGGCGUCCAUAAUAUCGCCCACAAGGCCUUUGCUGUCAAAGGAAUCAAGAAGAAACCUAGUAAGUGUGAAGACAAAGGUAGUAAUAACAAGGACAGUAGCAAAAAGUUUAAAUGCUUUGGUUGCAAAGAGGUUGGUCACCUUAAGAAAGACUGUCCUAAGAAAGUAGUUUCUCGAAAAGAUUGCAGUAGUAAGGGAAUUAACAUGAUGUUACUGACUGUGAAUUCGGCUGAAAGUAGUAUUGUAGAUCGUGACCAUUGGAAUGUGGAUAAUGGGGCUACGAAUCAUGUUACAAUGCGGAAUGAUAUCUUUCAAGAUUUCGAAUACUUCAGUGAAGGUCACACUGUAACUACGGCAGAUAAAAAUGUGAUCAAGGCAAAGUUCAGUUUGUAUUGA